GUAUUGAAAGCACCAUCGCAGCUUGCAUUACGCUCGCUACGUGCGAUUGUCUUUCAGGAACAGCUCGCAUUUCGUGUGGCCUCCCGACGACACUAUGACUCCACGCCGGAGCGACCUUCUCCUCCACCUCCACGUCCUCACGUAGCAGCUUCGUCUUCUCCGCUGGUAGCUCGGCGCUUAGCAGAUUCGCAACCUGGAUUUCUCAAGCGUGGAAAGUCCGACGAUGAUGAAGAGUUCGAACCGCAGCCUCUGUCACGGCCCAUCGGCAUGCCCGUGCCUCCACGGCCUGGAGACAACAUGGGCGUUGAUUCACGCUCACUCAGCCAGAAACGGAGUGAUUUCGUGAAUUACGAAAAGCAUUUGGAACGCAGACGAAAGAUGACGCAGCAGAUGUCGAAGCCGUAUUUCAGAGAUUGGAGCAACCUGCGGUUCUACAAGGGCAAGAUCUUUCGGAGCAAUGAGCGCUUAUUUAGAGCGGAUGUCAGUCUAUGGUUUCCAAACUUCUACGGCAAGACGCUUCGUAGCGAUCUGCAGAAAGGCGAUCCAAAGGACGGCUAUGGCGGCUUCGGGAGGGACACCUGUGAUGUGAUGGAGGGCAAAGUGUCGUUGGUUAGCAUCGUCUCAAGCACGUGGGCGCAGGGUCAGGUUGAGACUUUCAUAUCGAAAGAGCAGAAUCCGGAGCUGCAUCAUGUUUUGCAUCAAAACCAGGACCUCGUCCAGCAGGUAUGGAUCAACUGCGAGGAAAAUAUUCUCCGGUGGUGGCUGUUGCAGGCUUUCCAGGCUAAUCUCAGGCGUGGGAGAUCAAAAGCAGAGCAGCGCAAGUACUUCAUGGUCCGUCGCGGCGUGGAUGAAGACGUAAAAGAAGCUAUUGGUAUCUUGAACGACAAAGUGGGCUUCGUCUAUCUAGUCGAUGCAGAUUGCAAGAUCAGAUGGGCUGGAAGCGCGGAGGCGGAGCCCAGUGAGCGAGAAAGCAUGGUUAGGUGCAUGCGAAAGCUGAUACAGGAGACGAGA